GAACGGCUUCUCGGAGUUGAAGAAGGUGACAAAGAAGGACAAAUAACACUCGACCCUCUCUGCCCUUUUGCGCCACUUCCUCUGACCCAGUCAAUCAAUCGGCCAUUGAUCCUGUCUUGUUUAGCCGCUUCAAUUGACGCCGGCGUUGGAAUUAAUAGAUGGAGGAGCCCCGGCGACUGAAAAGAACCCAGAUAGAUUCUACUGCUGGGGCAAUAUCUGGAGCAAUAUCGCGAACUCUAACGUCUCCCCUUGAUCUUAUUAAAAUCCGCUUUCAGGUACAAUUGGAACCAACUAUGAUUGAUAAGAAUGUUUAUAAUCAUGCUCCUUCAAAGUACACUGGAAUUCUACAAGCAUCUAAAGUAAUAUUGAAGGAAGAAAGCUGGCGGGCUUUUUGGCGUGGUAAUGUCCCAGCACUACUCAUGGUUAUGCCUUAUACUUCCAUUCAAUUUACUGUAUUGCAUAAACUGAAAACCUUUGCAACUGGUUCUUCGAAUAUUUCGGAUCAUAUCCACACUAGUCCAUACAUUUCUUUUAUCAGCGGGGCAUUGGCCGGUUGUGCAGCUACUGUUGGGUCUUAUCCAUUUGACCUUUUACGCACGAUUUUGGCCUCACAGGGUGAGCCCAAGGUCUAUCCAAAUAUGAGAUCUGCAUUGAUCGGUAUUCUGAAUACCAGUGGGGUUCGAGGACUCUAUGCUGGGUUAACUCCAACACUAGUUGAAAUUGUACCUUAUGCUGGAUUGCACUUUGGAACUUAUGACACAUUUAAAAGGUGGACUUUGGCCUGGACUCGCGACAAGUCGUCGGGUGUACAUGUAGCUAAUGAUUCCCUUUCAAGCUUACAGAGUUUUGUAUGCGGGUUUGCAUCUGGUACAUGUGCUAAAGCUGUUUGUCAUCCACUCGAUGUGAUCAAAAAGAGAUUUCAGAUUAAAGGGCUGAAAAGAGAUCCCAAAUAUGGAGCUGGAAUAGAGCCAUAUGCUUACAAGAAUAUGCAUGAUGCUAUUUACAAAAUCUCGUAUAAAGAAGGCUGGAAAGGUCUUUACAAGGGCAUUUUUCCUUCCAUUGUUAAGGCUGCCCCAGCUACUGCAGUAACCUUUGUUGCUUUUGAAUAUACUUCUAGUUGGUUGGAGUCUCUUUAGCUUUAGUUUUUUCCUAGAUAUGACUCGAUUCUUUACCUCUUUAAGUUAGUUAAAGGGGCCAUUUUUA